GGGAUAACGCAUUGGUACUAGUGCGUGUCUGUCUUUGUCUUCCUCUGCCAUCCCAUCCUUCCAUGCCCAUGCACACAGCGAACGGACGGACAGACAGACAGACACCAUAUGCUCGCAUGGAUGGAUGUCUGUCCGUCCGUCUGUUCGCUGUGUGCAUGGGCAUGGGAAUGGAUGGAUUGAUCCCGAUCGGUGUGUGGUGUGGAUGGAAGCCAUUGGAAGGAUCCCGAAUUGCCGUGAGUGGAAAGUCCCAUGUGCAGCUGUACGCAUGCACCCAACCACUGUCUGUCUGUCUGUCUGUCCGUCUGGCCGCUCCCCUGUCUGCCAGCCUGUCUGUCUGUCUGUCUGAUUCCAUGCAUGGCACACAUGAACUAAAUAUGCACACACUAGCUAAUGGAGGGAGGCAGCUAAUGAACCGAUGAAGAAAACAUGCAGCACAGUGUAGGGAGCGAGAUGGAGGGGGGAAGGGGGAAGAGAGAGAGAGAGAGGGAGAGAUGGGGAGAGAGAAUGGGAGGCACCCAGCAGCCAUAGUGACUGACACAAAUAUAGAAAAAACACCCACGCACCCACCCAUCACCAGGAACGCGCCCUUCCAAUUGUGCAGACAGGCAUGUAGCCAGCCUGCCUGCCUGCCUGCCUGUGGCCACGUGUGUAUCAAUCUUCCCCCUGCCCGUGUCCUGUCCGUGUGUGUAUGUCUUUCUUUCUUUCUGUGCCUCUGUGUGCAUAUGUGCAUCUGAAAAACUGCCUUCUGCUGCACAUACACACACAUACACAGACACUCGCUCAGGGAGGGAUGGUCAGUGGAGGGUGGGUUGGUCGGUCGGCUGACACACGACAGACAGACACCAACAGAGGGAAGCCUGCCCGCUGUAAAACCUGAUGGAAGGGGAUAGAUAGAUAAACUACCAAUAAAUACACGCAGCAUGCCAUCCGCCCACCAACCCCCCCACCACAGAAAGGUGUACGUGCGCACCAACAGGCAGCUUGCUUCACGUACCUCACACACAUGACAUGCACCACACACGUCCAGACAGACAGACAUACACCCACCCCCCUACCCGCCCCCUCACCUCACCGCAUGGGACGCAAAAAGGCGGAAAGGGCGGGGAGGUCACCCACUGAUCCGCUCGCUCUCUCAUUUCCUGUGUGCGUAUUGUAUUCAUUGACUGACAGAUACAUACAUACCAUCAACACACAUGCGACAAAGGGCAGCAGAGGCCUCCCCUCCCCUGCCCCUCAUCCGAGAUCUAUCGGUUCACAUGAGUGACUCACCUUCAUUCGCUCACUCGCGACCUCCCUCCCCCUCCCCCUCCCCCUCUCUCUGUCUGUGUCUAUGUGUGUGUGUCAGACACACACGCCGCGUAUAAUCGAGUCGCCCGGUCCAGUGAUCACACAGAGAGAUGAGAUGUAGUUGAAGACAAAGAAGAGGGUCAUGCUGCCGCCGCUGAGGCACCAAAAGCCAAAGUACCCACCCCACCGCUUCUGCCAGCACCGGGCCAUCCCCGCCCCCACGUCGUACCCCUCCACUAUGUCGCCCAGAUCCCUUUCCUCCUUCCCCUCUCCGCUGCCGUCGGACUCACCCCUCUCCCUCUCCCUCCCCCCCUUGCUGUCAUCGGCUUCUCCACUCUCGUAGAAGUGCAUCUGCUGCUUGAGCUUCCACACGGCAAGGUCCCUCUCUUCGCCAGUGGUGGUGAGCUCGGGGUUGGAGAUGGGGGUGGGUGCGGGUGUGGGCGUGUGGGGUCUGUACUUGUACCUGUCGGUGGGGACACACACGGACGGGGUGGGGACGCAGUCCAGGUUCCACAUGUAGCCGCACAGACACGGGAUGCGGUCCGGCAGCACACCCAGGAUGAAGUCGCCCAACAGUUCACCUGAUUGAUUGCAGGUGACGCAUGCAUAUGGCACCCACAGCACACGAUGGGUGGAGUCGAGCUUGCCUUCGUGCAGUGCAGGGAUGUCUGUGUGUCUCUCUCUCUCACCGGCGAUCUGUAUGAGCCCCUGCAUCCAUAUUGUCCGUGGGCUGAACACGCCCUCAGAGCUGAUCGCGAAGGCCCACACCAAGAAAGGGGCCAGCAGGGCCGCAUACGUCUCACCUGCGCACACACAUCCCCCCCCCACACACGUGUGACAGGUUGACACGUCCCCCGCCCUCUCUCUCUCUCUGACCAAGGAAGUGUGCAAUGGGCACGGAGUCGUAGAAGAUUCUGGCUUCAGGCGUCCGAAGGUGCCUUGACAGCGGCAUGCUCCGCACCUCCCUCGCAUAACGCUCACGGAACUCACGGCUCGUCUCGUCCUCUUCCUCCGGCGGGGAACACCCAAACCAUGCCCACCCCCUCCCCCGCCCCCGCCCCUUCUGUUGCCCAUCUGCCGAGGCAUGCUUGCUCUGUGUGGGCCGCCCGGGGGUCAGCGCGUGCAGCCCCGACCACUCCGGCUCCUCCCUCUCUGGGGCUGCAUGCCGCCGGUGUGUGUGUUGGGUGGUUUGCCGCGGCGGGAAGGGCACCUUGAUGGGCGACACCUCUCUCGCCCCUCUCUCGGCGGCUGGCGACGCCAUGCGGCCCCUCUUGCGGCGUGACGCCUCCGCCAUUGCCUCUCGCAACGUGGUCUGGUCCAGCCCACCAGAGAGAGAGAAGUACGCCGCCCCCUCGUCAUAGCCUUCGUCGUCACUGGUAUCUGACUCUGAAUCCGGCUCGGGCGGCGGCGGCGUGCCGAGAACCAGCUCCUUGACGACGACCCGCGGCCACACCUGCCCCUCCCUCUCGUCAGCGGCCGGCUGCAUUUCGCUGUCAGAGCAGAAACUCUUGCAGGGCCGCAGACAGCUGGGGGGAGGGGUCACGGUAGCCGGUGUUGGGACGUCCCCCGGGCCGAGAGAUCCCGCAUCGGAACCGCCGUGGAUUGAUGGCGGCGCCUGAUCCGCCGACCGCCAUAGCACGGGCCGCAUCAAGGGGUGCUCUGAUAGCAGGGGCGGGUGGGUGAUGGCCGGCAUGUCAGCCUGUUGGGGGGGCAGCGGGGGCUUGGGAAAGGGAUCCCUGACACACAUAUAUACACACACACACACACAGAGAGAGAGAAAGGGAGGGAGAGAGAGGGAGAGGUAAUCGUACAAGUGUGUGUCUGGAUGGAUGGAUGGACGUGUGACACCACCGCACCUCAGUCGGAUGCUCUGCCGCUGAGCCAGCGGCUUCGCAACGGGCGCCUGUGCCACGAAGCACCGCUCCCUCAGCUCCUCAGUGUGCGCGAGCGACCGAGUGCCGGUGACGUCGGUGCAGACGGAUGACCGGUCGUCCGCUUCUUCUGGGGGCGCCUCUGACGCAGCCGCCGGCAGCGGCGUGAGAGAGGGGGGCAUCCCACAGAUUGUCGGGGAGGGGGGCGUGGAGGGCAGACUCGCCUCAGGGAAGCUCACCUCCGGUGAAGCCUCACUCGCCGCCAGCUCACACAUUUCGGGAUACGACCUCGCCCGGGUGGUGCGCCUGGCCUCUCGCAUGGCCCCCUCCCUGGCGUGUGUGCUCGUCACCCGGUUGGCCACCGUCUCAUUCCGCCGCCUGACGCUCUCGCGGUUGACCAACGACACGACGUGGGCGUCAUUCACGUGCAUCGGCACCCUCGCGAACCGCUCGUCGCAGUCGAGCUGUAGCAGGUCAUAGACGGCCCAUGAGGAGGUGGAGUCCUCCUGUGACGGCGAGCUGCUGUCCCCGACGAGCCCUACUGCGCCGGGGCGGGUGAGAUUGGGGGGGCUGGAGGAGCUCAGGGGCCGCGCGGCCAUGCGUGCGCUGAUGGGUGUGUCGUCGUGGGAUGGGGCGGCAAGGGGGAUGGAGAGGGUCACGGGGAGAGAGGGGAGGGAGGGCACAGACGGGGGCGGGGUGGCCAUAUCCUUCUGAACAUCUGCCUGGACAGCAAUGGGGGUCUCGUUGUCGUCAUAACCAUCACCCUUGUGCACGAAAACCGUCACAAGUUCCUCCGCCACCAUAGCCGCCUUGGGCGAAACCGCCGUGGUGUCGUCCCUCGUCAAUGUGUCUGACACGCGUGUGCUCUUGGUCGACAUUGGCAAUGGCAGCUGCUUGAAGUGCUUGAUCUUGAUCUUGAUGCAUCCCCCCUCACCAUUACCACGAGCGGGGCUGUUGCUGGGCCGCCUGUGGCAGAGCAGUGGCCGUAGGAUGCGGUUGCGGAUGCACUGGAUGAGGUCGGCCACGAGUAGGUCUGUCUCCUGGCAGAAUUUGUGGAAGCGCAGCUCCAUCAACAGAGACACCAGCUCGGCGGCCACGCCCAUCCAGGGGUCCGUUAUGGUACCCUGAGUGAGGCACACACAGUACUGACAGGUGUCCGCUGCUGGCUUGUGUGUCUGACCCACCUGAAGAAAUCUCGAUGCGACGGCGAAGUAGGUGACCAUGUGCAGGUAGAGCGCAUGCCGAUACUCCACACGGACAGUCGUCAUGCGAAAGGCCGUCUGACACCACACACGCACGCACACACACACACACACCAUGCCGUCCUCUCCCUCCCUCUCUCCCGCAUCCCCCUCUCCCUCUCUCUCUUUCACGUACGUACCACUCUGGCCAUGUAGAAGCAGACCUCCGACACGAGCCACAGGAGCAGCCGCAGCACCAGCUUCCACACAUCGGUGAGCAGCAGGGCCUGGUCGGUGACCACGUUCUGCGUGAAGAAGACGAACACCGGCCAGAGCAUCAGGUUCUGCAGAGCCUGGAAUCUGAAGCCCGGCGGCGACCACGCCGGGGAUAUGCAGAUCGACCAUACUAUGAAGCUGACACACACACACACACACAGAGAGAGAGAGAGAGAGAAUGGCAUCGGGGGGAGGGAUGCGUGUGUGGCGUGUUACACACAUGGCGUAGUGAGGUAUUCUGGCGACAGGGAACGAGACGGCGUCCGGGUGGGCGAACCAACGCAGCAGGUACUCAAGCACAACCAACAGCACCCCACCCUGCGUGUCGUGUCAGUCACACCACACACCAUAGACACAGAGCGACUGACUUUGCUGGGCGGGCCUGCGUGUCGACGUGUUCGCGAAAUAUAAUAUACCACGAAGAGGCACCACCCUGCGAUAUAGAUGUGUCGCCUCGCCGGCUGCUUGGGCUGCAGGAUGCCAUUCAAUGCGAUCGUCCACACUGACACACACACACACACACACAGAAUCAGUGCUUUGUUCGUGCGUCCACCCGUCACCUCCACCCCGCUGCUUACUUACCGAUGAUGAGGGCGGACCUGACAGCAUCCCCGAUGGCCCCCAGCAGCAUCAGGAAGAAGGGGAAGAACCCCCCCGGCCCCAGCCGCCCUCCAUCAUUCCAGCCCUUGCCCGCCUUCCUAUACCCCCACUUGGACCAAAAGGUCGCCGCCAGCCCCUCCCUAUGCAGCAGCUUCGCCUCGUGGGCGAAGUAGAGCAUGAAGAGGGCCUGGACGGCCAGCUGCACCAGCACCGCCCCCACGGCAUAGAACUGGAUGUGCAAAACGGUGCGCAGAGAGGCUUUCCUCGUCUGCUGCUGCUGCUGCUGCUGGUGGUCGGGUGUGUGUGUGUGUGAGUCGGUGUGGCCAUGUGUGUGUGAGUCGAGUGCAGGAAAAGUCUUGCUGGGUGCGUCUGUCUUGCUAGAAUGGUGGAGGGGGAGGGACAUAUCUAUCUGCGAUGGAUGCAGUGGGAUGACCGGCUGAUGGAUCGAUGGAUGGCGCACUCUCUCUCACACACACGGAAAGAAAGACAGAAAGAGUGAGGGAUAAAUGCUAUGUACGUACGAUUGCUCACGGACGGCUACGUGGUGCGGUAGGAAGAAUGGCGCCCCUCACCCACACACCCACACACGCACACACACACACACCUGCCUGCCUGCCUGCGCAAAACACAACUGAUUCCGCAAUAUGUACACCCCGCUGUCUGUUCCCCUGUGUGUGGCUCUGCCUCCCUCCCUCCCUCCCUCCCCCGCCCUUCACGCUUUUCAGCGCUGUCGCGUGUGCUCAAGGCCAAGUGUUAUCUACCCAUGUGUGGUGGCGCUGCUGCAGAAACAAACCGGCCCCGACUGACUGACUGACGUGCACAUUGCUGCACUGCAUCGCCAAAGCAUCGAUUCGAUACACAACAGAGAGAGGCACAUGUACACCCGAAAAACUACACAAGCAAGCUUGGGCCCGCCCAGACAGA